AUCGCUAUUUAUAGAUACUGUUGUGAUAGGGUCAAUGUUAUUGAUGAAGGUGUAAACAGAGAACGGCCAGCUCUGUAAAAACCGUGUGUAAGCAAACGUUUACUACCAAGAACACAAAAUGUCUACGGCCGUCUUGGGAAAAACUGAAGUUGGUGUGCGAAGAACUACCACUGACAUCAAAGUGGAUGAAACCCCGAAGUCCAAACUGAUGUAUUAUUUCAACUGCAUCUGCACGGUGCUGCAGAUGGAAAACACCCCUCGGAUAAGUCGUCUGCGGAAUUACCGUAAACAUCGCGUAUUAAGCGAAGAAGACACCGAUCACCUAUUGCUGUUGUGUUUUUUCAUGAGCCCAGACGAGCUGGUGAACAAGUGCAUCUUCAUGGACGAGUCCAUGUGCCACGAAUACUUGAACGAGUUCUACGAAAUCAGCGCCGUCAGCAGGGCAUUCGUGGUGUCCCCGGAAGUCUUGGUUGGCGGAGAGAGGAAACAAGUGCGCAAGAUUAUGUGUUUCACUCAGUCGUGGCUGAAGGACAACUACAUUGAUCCCAUGAAAACGUACGAGGAACGCCUUCGUAGAAUCACCUCUGAGUUGCGGUCUGCCGCGUCGAGAGGCACUUCUGCUUCACCGAGAAGACGACCUCAACCUUCGGCGCCACCUUCCUCGCAAGAUUCGUCCUGCGUGAUCUUGUAACUGAAUGUAGAACAAGGACAUUUGAGAGAAAAUAUCU